CCUCGCACGCUGUACUCCGUGUCGUGACUCGAAGCGCAUGCGCACGCGAUAACCCCCACCGCGCCGAAACACGUGCUUCAGUGACCACCUGAUGAUAACCUACCACUAACGCCCACACGAAAAUGCAAGAACAGAGUACAUCCCGUACGAACAAAUCAACGCUAAACUCAUUGGAAAGUGCCAUCAUCAAGCUGAAAAAUAAUCUGCAGAUUCAAGACAACAAGACGUCUGAAAUGAAUGGACUUCUCAACGAUACGACAGUGCACGAGGAUACGAAAGCAAGUAAGAGUACUAAUUCAUCAACAACCACAAAUAUAAAUAUAUCGAUAGCAUCUGCGGCUCUUUUACAAGAAAACAUGUUGCAAAGAUCAUUACAAGGCGUUGUGAUUUCGCUUCAAAAUGCAAUGAUGAAUUCUCUGCAACAAGCGGCGCUUUUACCUUCCAAUUCUGCAGCCGCUGCAGCGCUGAAUUUGCAAGCACUAGAAUCCUAUUUGACUUUACAACGACUCACAACUGUAUCUACCGCUAACAAUUCAACUCAACCCGACAACAGUUCAUCUUCCAAACAAGAUAUACUUCGAAUAGCGACGGCUAGCGCAAAAAUAAGCGAAAUAGAUUCCGUUGAAAGUCCAUUAAAAAUGGCGUCACCGAAAUCCCCCGAGGAAUACCCGUUACCUGAUACUAUUGCUGCUGAUGAUGUUGAUUUAUCAGAAGAAGUAGAAGAAGACUUAGCAUUACUAGACAACGAAGACGAAUUUACUUUAGAACAACAUUUGGAAGCGACUUCAAAAAGUUAUAGCUACAAUUCCCCGCAAAAUCUAGAUAAUGGAUAUCCGAGUCUCCUCAUGAAUGCCAUGUAUCAACAACAAAUGAACGGUCCAUCUCAAUCAGUUUCACCUCCGCCUAAUUCAUCUAGUUCAAAAUCCACAAAUAGUUCGACGUCAUCCACGGGUAGCAAUAUAUCGAAUAAACAAAAGUCAACCAGCAGCGGACCUAGAACAAAGAAACAGUUCAUUUGCAAGUUCUGCAAUCGACAAUUUACGAAAUCAUAUAAUUUAUUAAUUCAUGAAAGAACGCACACAGAUGAACGGCCGUAUUCAUGUGACAUCUGCGGAAAGGCUUUCCGGCGGCAAGAUCAUCUAAGAGACCACAGAUACAUCCACUCUAAGGAAAAGCCUUUCAAAUGUUUGGAAUGUGGAAAGGGAUUUUGCCAAUCGCGAACAUUAGCCGUACAUAAAAUUUUACACAUGGAAGAAUCUCCACACAAAUGCCCCGUCUGCAGUAGAAGCUUCAACCAGAGAUCUAAUCUGAAGACUCACCUUCUCACUCAUACUGACAUAAAACCCUACAAUUGCUCCUCUUGCGGGAAGGUGUUCAGGCGAAACUGUGACUUACGACGUCACAGCUUAACGCACAAUUUAGUUGGAAUGGCCUCCGUCAACACUUCACCCAGUGGGAGCAAUGGGAAAAGUCCCUUACUGAAUCCCAACUUUCCCAUUGACAAUUUAGACACGGAAGAGGAGAAUUGAGAACUCGUGUGUAUUGUAAUUGAAGACUGAUGAAUCAUGUGCCUUUUAGAAAUAAGUAUCGAAUCUUCUAGAUUUGUGUGCCUUCGUUUUCUUAGUAUUAUUGUAGCACGUAAUUGUCAUCUCCUUCUAAAUUCUCUGAUCUCAUUUAAAUGUAAAUAUAAUUUAUAAUGUGCCUUAGUCAGCUGACCGUCCAUUUAUCUCGAAAUAUUGAGUGUACAUAAAC